AGAGCACUUUCACUCUUGCCACGAGCUUCAGCAACUGAACCCAUUACUGCUGUGUCAAUCCACGUGUUGACAUACUUGUUCAGCGAGUGGAAAGAUCCAACGAUACUCUGCCAGAAUGAGUCCUGGGGGAAAUAUGACCUGCCUUCCUGAGAUCAGUGAAGUUGCAAACGUGUUUGUGAUCAUUUUCCUGACUAUCGAGACUCUGGUGGGGCUGCCAGGCAGCAUCCUCGCGCUGUGGAUCUUCUGCCGCCGUAUGAGGUUAUGGAAAUCCCACGUCACCUUCCUGUUUAACAUCUGUCUGGCCGACUUCCUGCUCUUCCUCAGCGUGCCCUUCCGCAUCGACACCCACUUACGAAAAGAUCACUGGCAGUUCGGGUCGAUCUGGUGCCGCUUGAACCUGUACAUGCUGUCCAUCAAUCGAUCUGCCAGCAUUUCGUUCAUGACGGCUGUGGCAAUCGACCGCUACCUGAAGGUGGUCCAUCCUCAUCACCCCAUCAGCCGAAUGACCUCGACUCAUUCGCACAAGCUGUCAGCGCUGAUAUGGCUCGUCGUGAUUUUAUAUCGGAUUCCGUUGUUGACGGUCAACCUCCUCCAUAAGGUGGAAGAGAAGAAAAUAUGUCGCAGCUUCCACUCCUACGACGUCGUCCCUAAGGCAAUAAAAUUCCACUAUGUAGCCUACGUCCUAGAGUUCGUCCUGCCUUUGGUUUUGCUCAUUUUCUGCUCCGUCAAGAUCGCCUGCCAAAUACGAAGGGUUCAAAUGGAGAAAAAAAAAGUGCAGCGUGCCAUCAGAGCUGUAAUGGUCAUCAAUAUGGUGUUCAUCCUCUGCUUCAUGCCAGGCGUCUUCACAGGCCUGGUAGGGCACUACAUAAAGACAUUCCACCCAGAAGCAUGUGAAUCCUACACGUUAUGGAUCAAUCUCUUCGUGGUGAGCCUUGGCUUCACCUACCUCAACAGCGCCUUGGACCCAGUCAUCUAUUUCUUCUCCAGCUCCGUGUUUCAUGACACUCUGAAGAACUCCUUCAGAUGCAAGAGAAGCAUCAGCGAAGACAGCUGACAGCCGUAUCCCACUGAAACUACAGACUUCUUCUUCUUCGUGGGAUUACAGAUCUACAUGCAGCCCGGAUACCUAAGAGCCACUUUUACACACAAUUUACCCAUAAAAUAAUACUUAAUUUAACAUGACAGAACAGAACAAAUCCAACAGAUUUCUACCAGGCCAGACCAGAACCUUUUCUUUAGUGUUGAUUUUUUACAGUGUGCGAUUGAUUGGUGUAUAAUGAAGCAUCUUCCAAGCGUCUCAAUGCACUCUAAAACAUAUCAGUUGUUGUAAUUCGUGGGAAGGAUGUCAGACAGUUUUUCAACUGAUGAUCUUAUAAGAGUACAAUGCAUAAAAUCUGCAUUUAUUCUUAUAAUCAAUGGGCUAAUCUAACAGAGUUUAUAUAUUUAUGUAUGUCCCACCUUUAUCCUGGACAAUUUCCUCAAAAUAACUAUUAAUGCUGAGAAUCUCUGUUGGUAAUUCUAAGGAAAAAUACUCAGAAAACCAUUCAACAUUGUUUUAUUUUUACUCUGUAUUUGUAAGACUUCAAACUUUAGUCUGAUGCUUGAUUUUCCUGAAAAUUUUAACAUGUUUUUCUAAAUAAUCAAAUUUAAAGCCAGUGACUUA